UGAACAAGCUGGACAGCUCCUUAGCCCCCCCAUUCUUCUCUUCCCCUCCAAUCUUUCACUCUCAGAAAAUGAGUUGCUCAAUUUCAUUCCUUCUUCUUCUUCAUUUUGUACUUCUACUCAUGGUGCUACCAAUUACCCAAUCUUUUGUUUUUCCCUUAGAUGAAGGCGGUGAUCUCAUAGAAAAGACAUGCAAGAAAACACCCCAUUAUGAUCUCUGUGUGUCAACUCUACAAUCAAACCCUCAAAGCUCAAACACAGAUGUUCCAGGACUAGCCCACAUAAUAUCUGAUUUUCUUCUAGCAAAGGCAACUGAUACACUGGAUUACAUCCAUGGCCUGCUCAAGCAGUCUCCAGAGGCAGAGUUACAGAAAGCCUUGGCAAACUGUGCUGAAUUGUACAUCCCAGUGGUGAAGUUUAGUCUGCCACAAGCAAUUGAUGCACUGACCAAUGGCCAUUUUGGGUUUGCCAACUAUGGCAUUUCUGAUGCUGCCAAGGAGGCUGAUGCAUGUGAGAAAGGGUUUUCAGGAUCUACUAAAUCACUUCUGACUGAUAGGAACAAACUGGUAGACAACCUCUCUGGUGUGGCUGUGGCCAUUAUCAAUUUGUUAAAGGGCAGCUGAGUUAUCUCUCCCUCUUAUUGUAAUAUCAUGUACUAUUAUUGCUCUUCUUCUGUAACUUUUGUCUGUGAAGCUUUCAGCUUUUUGUUUAGAUAUUUGUACUUGCAGCAGCAGUUUCAGCCAAUGCAAUUAGAAUUUCUAUUCUCUUUCAUGUUCUUUUAUGGGCUUCAUGAGCAGAAAACUUGUAUGAAACGGGAAUAACACUGUUUUAGCUGUGUUGUUGAA